AUGUCCCUUCUAUCAAUUUUACAAUUACCUAGAAUUACAGAAAAUAUUAUUGCAGUACAAUAUAUGCUACAAGUGAAAAACUAUGCAGGUAAAAAUUGUGUUUUAGUAAACUCAUCUCAUAUGAAUUGAAAUACGUACUUCUGUUUGAAAUACAGGUUAUGUCACGUGUCUUAUUUUUUAAUUUACAGAAUUUGUUUCCUCUUGUUGUAAAAUUUAUUUUAAUAAAAAAUAAUAUUAAUUCUUAUUACAUUAUUUUAUCUUUCAGUUGAGAAAAAAAAGUAAAAGCUCAAGAAAAAAUAAUACUAGUUGAAGAAGAUGUCAAUAAAUUAUUGAAUUAUGUAUGUGGAUCAAACAUUUAUAAAGGAGAAGAUGUAAAUUUAAAACCAGAUUCUGAAUAUCCUGAAUGGCUAUGGAAUAUCAGAAUUGAGCCAUUGAAAUUAUCAGAUUUAGAUCCAAAUACAAAACAAUAUUGGAGAUACAUUCGCAAACAAGCACUGAUCAAAAAUAAUAAAUUCAAAAAAACCCAACGAUUCUAA